AUCCCCACAGAUGACGGUGAUAUGUAACGGAAUUUCUUAUAUGUAAAUCGGGCAAAAGUCUUUUGAUUUUGGUCAUUGUGUUUUGUUUUGGGUUGAUAUGUGGAGGCUGCUUAAUUUUGAGGGAAAUCUAGUUUAUGUUUUGGGUCAACUGGAAACCGACGAAACCAGUUUUAAUUAAAAAGAAAAAUUUAUAACACGAAUGCGGUUUUGUUUGUUGGCUUUUUUUGUCGCCGGACAGAUGGUGAAAGUAUUAGUUGGAGUCUGGCUUUUAUUUAAUUGUUAUUUCCAUAACAAAGACCUAAUCGGAAUGACGACGUCGAUGGCGAAGAGCAGUCCCCGCCCACUCAAAAUUACAAUUGUGGGCGAUGGCAUGGUCGGUAAGACUUGCCUCCUGAUAACCUACACACAGAACGAGUUUCCCUUGGAGUACAUACCCACCGUGUUCGACAAUCAUGCCUGCAACAUCUCCGUAGACGAUAAGGAAUACAAUCUAACCCUGUGGGACACUGCUGGGCAGGAGGAUUACGAAAGGCUACGACCAUUGAGCUAUCCAAAUACAAACUGUUUCCUGUUGUGCUAUUCCAUCAGUAGUCGCACAUCAUUCGAAAACAUCAAAAGCAAGUGGUGGCCGGAGAUUCGUCAUUUCUCCAACAAUGUGCCGGUGGUGCUGGUGGGAACUAAACUGGAUCUUCGCAUCCCCAAUUCCGAAAAGUUCGUGACCACGCAGGAGGGUAAACGGUUGCGCAAGGAGAUCCACGCUUCCAGCCUGGUCGAGUGCUCCGCCAAGAAGAAAGAGAACCUCCAACAUGUCUUUGAGGAGGCGGUGCGCGCAGUGGACAGGAAGCCGAAACCGUCACCGACAUGCACAUUACUGUGAACUAAGUGUAUUGUUUAAUAUUGUUAUUAUGCGUAAUGUAUUAUGUAACUAAUUCUUCAGACUCUUUGUACUUUGUUUUCGCAAAACAAAAACAAUGUGUAAAAAUUUACGAUUAAGUUCUUAUGAUUUAAGUGCUCGUUGUGUGCAAUUAUUUUUACUUCCAUGCAACCAAAGUGCACAUCUAUGUAAAAAGGAGAAAACAAAACCAAUAUAAAAAGUAAAAAUACAUCCAGAA